CAAUUUUGAAGACUUCUACUCGCAAUUGAAUGUCGAUAGUUACGAGUCUUUAAAGCUCGAUCUACUAAAAGUAUGUCAACAACUCUUGCCCGACAAACAGAGGGCUAUGACGCUUGUUGAUAAAAUAUACUCAACAUACUCGUCAGAAUUUUAUCUUGUAGAUAUUGUGGAACUCCGUGAUAUCCUCGACAGAGCGUAUACUGUAUUGGCUCACCAACCGUAUGAUCCAGCAGUCCUGAUAUGUCAGCUCUCACUAUGCUACCUAUUCAUCAUAUUUGCCUUUGGAGAACAACUCCUAGCCACCCACAUCGUUUCCACAUCGAUCAAGGACUUUCCAGGCAUGCAAUACUACUUGCUAGCUGAACAUCUCUUUCCAUUAACGAGAGAAGGCGUAGACUUUAAGUUCAUUCAAAGUGCAUUACUCUUGGGAUUCUAUGCCGCUAAUUUGAAUCGUUACAGUACAGUGUAUAAUUACUUGGGAGUUGCCGCUAGAUCAGCUGUAGCGUUGGGGUAUCAUCGUCAACCAUUAAACAAGAAAUCCGACCUCAUUUUCUAUGAAAAGGCUAAACAAUUAUGGUGGUCUGUAUUUGUUAUCGACACCACCUGGGCUACUAAGACUGUGCAUUUCCAAUUCACCGAUACUGAUGUAGACUUACCCACCGAGAAUAUGUCUCCGCUUGUGGGUAACCAUAACUUUGAUAACAAUAUCUUGGAAGUAAAUGUUCAUCUCACCAAGUACGUGGCCAAGUUUGUUCGACUCAUCUAUGGGCCCAAUAUGAGAACUUUCUCUAUCAACUAUAUCAACACUCUGCAAUUCAACCAGAAGCUUUUGCUUAAGAAUAUUGUGGCCAGUUCUCAAGACUUGAUACGUAACUUUGAGGAUUCGUUUUUGAAUCCUCAGUUUGCCACUACCACUAUUAUAAAUCCCACCACAGGAAGUCGGAAUCUUGCUAACUUAUUCUUACGAUAUCACCAACUCAUUAUCUUAAUUACUAAACCAUUACUUUCACUAAUGGUGGAUCCAUCAUCUUAUUUGACGACAUCUCCGAUCAUUGAUAAGGAGAAUCUUAAGGAUGUAGAAGCUACUAUGGCACGAGGGAUUCUCACCUCUUGUGCUACGGUAGAUAUCAUUAGUCAUCUAUUUGUCAAUGAGAAGGUCUUCAUCUUGGGAUUCUGGGAUUCUCAGCAUUUGUUUCUGGCUCUAAUACUACUUAUCAGUAUCUCCUGUAUUGGCCAUCAACCUCAUCGUCUGGCUCAUCAAGUUCAGUUCCGACAGGUUGAUCAGGGAAUUGCCUUACUUAAAUUUAUGGCUGAACGAGGUAAUAUCAAUGCCGCCUCUUGUAUGGAUAAGUUGGUAGAGAUCAAUCGACUUUUGGUGACUACUCCAGAAGUUCAGUACUCAUUGAACUUAGAUGUUGAUGUGAAGAAAGUAUUGGAUAUUCCUAAACCACAUGAUAAUUUGUAUAACCCAUUAAAGUCGUCACCAUUGAAUAAGACGUUCCAGUCCAUAGGAGAGCUUGGACUGCUUGAGACUUACUUGCCUCGGAGUGAGUCAUCGCCAUAUAUGGAGACUGCACUCUUCAAAGUUGUUCAUGAGAUUCAGAGCUGGAAUAGCUGAAAGACUACAAUUAAUUGUUUACAGAGUACUAGAGAAACAUAUCUUGUAUCAAAGAGUCACAAGUACACUACUAGUAAGUACUAUCACUACUCUAUGUAACUACUCCCAUCUGUACUAUAUAGCUGUAAUUUAACAUGUAUUAUAAUAAACUCUAUAAUAUACA